UUUAGGCAUAUUUUUAUUGUUUCAUGAAUUAUUUAAUGACUUCAAAGUAAAUAAAUAAGUAUAUUCAAUGUUGGGAUUUUAACUUUUUGGUAAUGGUUAAAUAUGUACAUAAUGAUCAAUGAAUGCAGCAGUUGACUUCACCAUGUAUGAACAUCCGCAUGUAUACCUGUGAUUUCUAUUUAUAACUAAGAUACACAUUAAAAGCAAUAAUAAUACGUACGAAGGUCACACGUUGAUGGUUCAGUGUAUGGCAGAUUACACGAAGUUGAAUAGGAGAUCAGAGUUAUCUUCAAACCGGACUUGCUGAAAUCGGAAAAAUGGCCGCUUAACCGGCUACUGACGGCAAAUAGUUCCACUUCGAACCAUAAUAAACAUCAGCUAAAGCGACAAAGCUACCAGUUAUGGUAUUCGCGACCAUGCCAACAAUCGUUCGGUACAUGGAAAAAUGGACUAAAGUCGACUGUUUUAGCGCCAAAGAUAUAUAUCUACACCGUUGUAGUCGCUGUUUAUAUAUAUACAUAUAUACACCAUUCUCACAAGGAUACACGGAUGGGGCUCAUAGGGUUGAGCUGAAGUUAAUAGACGUGUCACUUGGUGCUAGUGCAAUUCUGUUUACUCUCUAUAGCGGUGAUCCUGUUGGCGAUUAGCGUUCGUUGCUAUUAUUAGACGGCAAAACACAACUCGCCCUAGCUGUAGGGACAAGGUGCCAUUUUCAUGCAUGGCAAGCAGGCGGCGAAUGUUAAAGACGAGCGCGUUGUGCGUCACGAAAUCGUCGCGUAAGGUCAAGAUUGAAAGAAAGAGAGAAGCAUUUGACAAGCUAUAAGCGAACAUCGGAAGCUUACUUAUCAUCUAUUCAUGAGUAUGUGUAUGUUUGGGCAAAGCGUGAGUAUGAGUAUGUAACUUCAUAACAGAGCUCAGUAUGAAAAUUAUCAUAUUAUUACUUCCAUUAUGAACAAGAAGCCAACUUAUAGGGACGUUGAAGUGUUGACAGACACACCUUUCUGAAUGAAUCCGUUGUAGGUAAGAUGCAUCAUUUUAAAUCCCGUAAAUAGAACAGAUGGGGUGUCGAUACGACAUAGCUGUUACACAAGUCGUCGAAGCGAACAGGCGUCGUCGUACUAGCUUGCAACACUGCCUCAACGCUGGCAAGGUGCCGCACAAUGUUACGGCUAGCUAAGAGGCUACAUAAUUAGUUCUACAACUAAUAGGCGUUACCUGCAGAGGAUUAGCCUGUUCAACGCGUUCUUUCUACCGCUUCAGCCUGUUUAUACAUAUACAGUGAUAUAAUAAGUGUCCGUUGGUCAGCGUGCUGCAACAGCAAAUUUGCUUCCGCUGCUGUGCAACUCACGACCAUGAAAUGGUAGCUGUUGCUCAUAAGAAUAUUAUCAUUUUAUUCAGUUACUCCUAUGAUUGUUCAGCCCUUUGAUGGUUGUACCGUUCGACUGUCACGGAUUCGCGUCGAAAACCUUUCGAGAAAUGAACGGUUGCGGAUUAGAAUCGUUUGCACGGCCUGAGGCACAUAGAGUAAGUGAUAUGGACAGUUUCAAAUACAUAAAGCCCAUUCGGACCAGCCAGCUGACGCACACAAUUUGCAACUAAUUUCACUAACGGCUUCAGAGAACGCUAAGUGAGAACCACUGUGAUUUACUGGCUGCCAUAUAAAUAGUUGUAGUUCGUUUCACAAGGACGAGCGAUGUUAAUGCGGCAGAUAGCGUGAUGUUAUCAAGAACAGUGGUAUUUAAAGCAGCAGGUAUAGUCGAAGUUACGGCACCUAUAAAUAACUGCAGAAGCCAGUCUGGUUGCCAGGCUAAACAUAGUUUGCCAGCAAGUAGCUCUGCCAGUUUGGUAAUGCGUGCUGAAUUAUAAUAGAACUGGAUGCACAAGGGUUAGACGUACAGACACUCCCGGACAGUCUGCACCGACAGCUUCUGCUCUGACUGUAGUAACUGUUUGAAGAAUGAUAGCAAAGCCCGCCGCGACUGAAGGGGGGUGGGGAAUUCGGGCGCACUCGUAACUGUCCCGCUAGCAGUUCGUUAAUGCUGUUGCUGUUGUUACGAUUGAUGAUGAUGAUGAUGAUCAGCAUUAUGAUCAAGUUUUUCUCCGUAUUAUUUAGAUCUGUGCAAUUCAUAUGCUUGUUAUAUACUUAAACGGCAGGUCCCAGUGCAAAAAUAGUUCAUACCGUUUACAUCCAAAUAUUUAUUCAAUUAGAAGCUGGUUGCAUUUCCAGAACGUUAUCUUUCUUGAAAAGCCCAGGGGGAUAAUCGUAGUACAAAUAUUUGAGAUUCUGACCUUACCAUUUGAGAUUUUGACCUCAUUGCUCUUUAUUAAGCAACACUCUUUAUUUUAUAUUUUUGAUAAUUUUAGUUUGCUCUCAUCUGCAAGGUGUAUUAAAUUUAGAUUUGAGUGUAACAGACUCGCGAUCGCUAGAAUACUUAAGUUGUUGUACUAUGCUCAGCUUUAUUUACGUGCGCUCGACUACUUAGAAUACGAAUGUACCGGGAAAGCUUCACACAGCUUAGCAUACCCUCGUGCAAUAAUCGAGCAAUUUACGUCAUUUGCAUCCUUUCAGGCUCGCGGGCCUUUGUGAGAAUGUCACCAAAAGUGUAAUCUCCCAUAGUGUGUGUAAUCUGUAACAAACAGCACCUGGCGGUAACGGUUUGCUACAACUUAAAAGUUAGGCAUGAUGGACGAAGGACGACAAGGUUUCUUGGAACAGCUUGGGGUGACUCAAUUGUCUCCAGGAAGUGUCCUAGUGCUAGUUCAAGAAGUGCUUCAGGCUGUCGCGAGGAGAGGGUGUUUUUCGACCUUCAGCUUCGCCAUCUACUCCCAACUAGUAGCGUAACUCACCUGCUAGCUCUAUUUAUAGUUACUAAUAUGUCGCAGCUUCCACUAAAUGCUUCUGAGAUUUCUAGCGGGGACCAAGACAGCUGCAUUCUUACGCGGCUACAAAUAUACGUACACAUAGCCAAACGCAUACUGGGACUCACAGGGUCGACAUACCAUACCGUCGGAACGCGGGUGAGGAAAGCUAAUGCGCAUCGUUCCGCCCCGACAUUAACAACACUGACUACAACUACUUGUCUUCUGUCAGCAGAUUCUCUAAUGGUGUCAGUAUCUGUACUAGGACUAUUGCUCCAACGUGUGCGAAUGGCAGCCCAGGGAAUGGACCGCCGAAUACAAAUGAUUUUACUUUUACCGAAUAACUGCAUCCGUUAUAGUUGCUGACGCUUCCGUAAUUGCGAUGCAACUGGGCUUAAGGACUAGGCAUAUAAAGCCAGUUCUACAAAAGUAGGCCUAGGCAACUUCUAAGUGCUUCGAGUUUUAUGACCGGUCGUGCUGUUAAACAUUACAUCAAACAACUUUUCUACUACCAUUAUUAUGCUCCAGGUACCUGCAGUCUUUUAACAGCGACGGGAAAGUCGACAGCAGAGGCCAACAACGUUAACAACGGCGUCAGUUAUCGUUGACCACUAUAGGUUUUAGCUCGAGCGGACUAACAGCGAAACCUGGUCACGCGAUGCGAAUCUAUUUGCAUAUCCUUGCAGACCUGUGUGGAGAAGGUUAACGAGGCAUGAGAAUAGACUGAAAACAAGCGGCUGGGUAAAUGGGGGGCAAAGGUCAUAUAUAUAUAUAUAUAUGAUAAUCUAAAAGACUAUUUCAAAGAUGCCUAGUUGUUCGCUUGUUGCUAGUCUUGAAGAAGCCAUAGAAUCUUAAUACUGCUUGAAGCAUACUACAUGGUAUUCUGAUAGAACCGUUUGAAUGACCACAGUAGUCGUCGUUGUAAACAAUAGUCAUUGUCAUUUUAGACAUACACUAACGCUAUGACAUUAUAGCAUACAAUCAUAGCAAUUAUAGGGAUGGUAUCCCGUAACAAAUGUCUCAUACAGUUAGGUUCCUUUAAUGCCAUCAUUUGUGUAUUUCCUGCUACCCUAACAAAUGUGAAAUGAGGACCCUCGAAUCAGCCGGACUUUGGGUCAGCAUAAUAUAUAUAUCAAUCUAAAUGCAUAUGUAUUAGCGAUAUAGUACAUGUAUACAUAGCAAUCCUAAAUACCGUCCGAAUUUAUUUUUUAGAAAUACAGUCAAAAGAAGCUUUACUAUUGCAUGUGAAUUUUUUUUUACAAAGCACGAUAUUAUUGAUUUUUGGCUGAAUUGUCUAUAAAAUUGUGCCCUUAAAUUCUACUAAAGACGCAUACCAAGAGUUGGCAAAAUUUAUGACCUAAAAACUACAACACCGUCUAUUCAAAACUUGGUUCGAGUCCAGUUUUGUCCAGACAUAUAUCCACGUCAAGCUUUGGGCUUAUAGCCACGAUAUACAAAAUAAAGUAAACUUCACUCAAAAUCUGGUAUAUUUUAAAUUUCAAUGCGAAUUUGUGACUAAAGAUUUAUAAUUCAAUUAGAAAAUUAACUCAAACACAGGCCUUGGAAAGCUAUUUCACUUUGUUUGUUAAGUUUUGUGAUCUAUUUGAAAGCUAAGUUUUGUGAUCACACCAAAUUAAACUUUAUUUCAUAUCCUUGCUUCUUUUGGCUUGGAAUAAGUGUAUUUCUAUAUAUAAAAACAUAUAAUUACAUUAUCAGGAAGGUCUAAAAAGGCAUUUUUCAAUGACCCUGUGCUUUACAAUUCCGAUUAAUAUCCGUUAACAAAAGAAAGGGUACCAAGUGUUACAGGGAAGUGGCCCUUGUUGACCUUCAAUUAAAAUUCAAGUUAGAACACAAUGUCAUUUGCAUAUUGAAAACACAAAAGAACUAAGCUAAAAUAAUUUUUCUUGAGCAUUUUUAAAUCGCACGUUUCCUAUGAGUCAUUCAUGCUGUUGCUUACAUUUCGGUAGCACGUACAUGUGUGUAUAUGGGUGCUGAAGCUCAUAGAUUCUUGCUGAUUGCAUAUAUACCUGUCUGCCCGUUUAUAUAACUGAGUUUGCAUCCGAUGGUCCGUUUGGUUAAAGAAAAGUGGGCCACGUGUUUCAAUGAUGGCUGUUGCUAUCCUGUUUUUGGGCGAAUAAUAGAUCAAUAAUCUCCCUUCUAUUUCACUCGAUUUUUUUUCUACAGUAGCGAACAUUGGCGGCGAGUCGACGUUGAGAGUCGGCGUUCUGAAAGAGUACUCCGAACAGUAUUUACUACUAUUAUUAUUAAGUGGCCGAUUUAGUCAACCGAGCCAAACCCACCUAGCAAUGCACUCAGGACAGUACGUAAAAACAUUUCAUGUUACGUCAACGGGAGAGCAGCAGGAAAAUUUUCAAUGACAUUGGCAGCAGCAGUAGGGACACGUUCAGUUCUAGCUGUUAACAAAACGUUACAACAAAUGGGAGCAGCGUUACACGAAAAUCGGCGCAUCCAUAUAGAGACGGGAUGGAGAACACGAAUGGAGAAUUAGUUCGUCACUGUGCCGACGUUCUGUGUUAGCUUUGGUUCUAUUUCGUCGUACGCUAUAUUAUGUUCACCCGGACUGGGAAAAGAAUAGGCGGGCUUGUAGGACUGGCACUACCAUAUCUUGCCGUAAUUGCGUAGAGAUCGAUAGACAAAGAGAGAGAAAUACCGCUUGUGCAUUCUGCGUAACGUUGAUGUUUGGCUGGAUCAAGGGAUAAGUGUUUGGCACCAAACGGAAUUGAUCAUCAAUCGCUGCUAUCGAGCAAAACCAAACCGAAAGACACAAAGUUUUCUUGUCUCUGUAGGAUGACACUGCUGCAAUUCGCUAAUACUUGCAGUCAGUUAAUACAAUUCAGACAUUUUAAAUGGCUCAAUGUAUAAUAAAAAAGCAAGCUAUUCUUAGAGGUAUGACAUUUGUUGUUUGGUAUUACAGCAAUAAAGUUUUUCACGCAAAAAUAAUCAAUAGGCAGAAGAUAGAUUUGGUCCAAAUUUUUUAAAGGUACUUAGAAUUUUGUUUACGUUUUGUUUUUGUGCGUAACAAACGUAACAAAGGCAAUUAACGUAAAUACAAAAAAAUGUGUUUACGUUAAUUGCCUGCUCGGUAGUAGGUUGUUUCAUUUAUCGCAACGUGAAGUUGCGCUUUAAGACUGCGCUUUAAGGCGCACUACCUUUAUUGGAGUAUUAAUGAUGACUAGUCUCAUCAGCAAAUUCUGGUUAAGAUGAAACCGCGUUUAUUAUAAUAAACUUGUGUAAAAUAUUUGAACUAGUAUGGAUGUGGGUCAGAUAUCAGCUUCAGGUAUCGCUAAUACGGAUUGAAAAUCGUAGAUGAAGCUCAGCAAUUUUGAAAUGCAUUUCUUUUUAACUUUCAUACUCAUGAUUGUUGGCUAUAUUUAGGAGAGUAUUGGCUGGAGCAGUUAUUAGCUUAAACACGGUUUUAGUAUAAAUAUUUCUAUGUACAUUCUAAGGAAACAGAAAAGUUAAAGCCAAGCAACAUAAGCACGAAUUGUAUUUUGUAGUAUUGGAAGGUAAUGUGUUCUUCGCAACGCAAAGCGAGGCGGUUAUAAGAUCUUCGACAGUAAUAAAACGAAUAUUACUAUUGUUGUUGUUGUUGUCAUUAUUAUUAUUAUUACUGCCAGUAUUAUCACAUUGAUAUUUAAUUCGUCACAAUAAGUAAAUAAAGGCUGUGCUUUACAUUGAAUCUGACAGCAGGUACGCUAGUCACGCCAAUGUUGCUCUCUCAUUAAUAAUGAGCGCAUCCUGUGAGAGAGAUUAGUGUGCAGCGGGAUAUCAUCCGUAAAUCUCAGAAAUUCAUAAAGAGAUUACGCUUGAAAUUUUAAAGUUCUUCAAUCAAAUUGUGCCUUCACAAAUAAGAAGGUUAAAAUAACUGAAUGAACGAGGGAAACGAGGCAAAUUAAUGUUAAGCGAACAUGUAAAAUUAUCUUGACUCGUCCUAUUCUCGACGAAGUUGCUAAUGUGCCAAGUGCUAUCAAACUUCGAACCCAGAGCUUUGAUGCUAGCAGAAUAUUGCCACAGAAGUAUUAGCGUGUAUGUGUGUAUGCCUUACUAGAAAAGUUUCUUCUCGAGUCCCAGGGAAAGCUUGCUUGAGGUUGACUAUUCCCCAUUAUUAUGCAAGCCGCGGCCACUGCUGACUCUCUCAGGUCCUGCCUGGUCCUCGGGGGUUGCAUCUCCUCAUUCACCAACCUCACUCAUCUACGUGGCAAUUCAGGUCAUCGCGUGCAACAGCAGCUAAAUCAUACAGUAGCCGUAGUUGGGGCACGCCCCAACUUUACUAGGCAUGACUAUUUUCUGGUUCUCAUUAUAUCAUUUGUAAUAGUGGUUGAUCUUUACCAGCGUGGAACGGCGAGGUGCGGGUAGCAGUGGCGAGGUGACAAAGGGUCAUAGCAUGAAGGUCGGUUCGUCGGCACUUCCUAAUCGCCUCUCACCAUAGUUCUUCACUCACAUUGAAUGCUUCGUUCUCUCAUAACGAGCGAUUUGCCACGCAUUAUUAGUACCGGGGGGCCGCAUGCAAUCAUUGCCUGCAUAUGCGUUCAGUGUCAUAUCAUUUGCAAUGCUUGAUUGAUCACAGCCGACACCACAGAUACGUUUGUGGUGAAUAUAAGAAGACGUAGAUUGGGCUUCAUGCCUAAUCUUGAUGACGCCCAUAUGAGUCCGUCAUGUUGUGGCUCGUUUGGCUAUCAAACCUGUGGCAAAUAGUAUAUUAGAUAUAUUGUUAGAGAGAUUUCUAUAGAUAGCGGUUUUUAUUUUUAUGAAGGUUUUGAUUAACUGUUGCCAAGCGAAACGAUUACUGUUGAAGUAUGAAAAGAAGCCAAAUAGUACGGUAUAAUCUUCCAUCUUUUCAUCACAACUAUGGCGAUAAUCCUUCAAGUUGUAUGUACAAGAGUAUAUACGCUCAUAACUAUAGUUAUGAGCGUGCGUUAAAUAUCGCAUCCGCGAAUGACAUUGCCGUAUCAUCAUAGCUAACAGACCAAUAGUGGUAAAAACUGUAAUAAAAGACCCGAAAAAGGAUUAGUCAUCAUUGAACUUUUCUUUAUUGGUAGUAAUAAAUGUUUUUCAAUUUAGGGUUUGCGGUAAGACUUUAAAUACACUAUUUUACCAAGAGUUGUGUAGGAGUGAUACAAAGCAGUAGAACUUAAAUUUAGUUCUUAGAAUGAAUGAAGACUAUACACAGCGCUCAACAGUCCUUCUUGGUAGAGUCAUGCAAAGUUCGCUUUCUGUGGGAGAAGGUUUGAAAGUUUGAUUGCUGAAUUGAAGCCAGUCUUUAUGCUCAUGCAUUGUGAGCGAUGGUGCAAUUAAGUACAAGUGGAAGCAGUUAACAGGUUGGAGACAGUAGUUCAGACUUCAACGACUUACAAAGCGACUGCAACAGGAUAUUUUCAAGACGAAUGUCCUAUACAACUACACGGAUUUGGAGGCAAAAGUCCGUGAGGCAACGAACGAUGAACCAUGGGGUCCGCAUUCAUCGCUCAUGCAGGAGAUCUCGCAGGCUACCUUCUCGUAUGAGUCCUUCCCGGAGGUGAUGGGCAUGUUGUGGAGGCGACUACUUGAAGAUAAUAAGCGCGUUUGGCGAAGAGUCUACAAAGGCCUACUGCUACUGGACUACCUCGUGAAGAACGGAUCGGAGCGUGUCGUGACCUCCGCCAGGGAACACAUUUAUGAUCUCAGGAGCCUCGAAAACUACACCUUCGUUGAUGAAAUGGGCAAAGAUCAGGGAGUUAACGUACGCAAUCGCGUAAAGGACCUCAUCGAGGUAAUUCAGGACGAUGACCGACUUCGCGCGGAACGAAAAAAAGCCAAAAAAUCGAAAGACAAGUAUAUAGGAUUAUCAGGGGAAGCUAUGGGCUUCGCCUCUAGAAGGACAAGCGAUUUCGCGGAUUUUCCCUCUGAGAAGCGAAGCCAACAUCGUCGGGGUAGUUUUGGUGACUCGAAUGAUGAGGACAGCGAUCGUGACAUCAAGCGAGGCUACAGGGAUUCGCCGUCACCGCCGAGGAAGGAUGAUCGCUCUGCCGCAGCUUUUGAAGAGCCACAGACAUCAGCACCUAAGGCCUCGACAUCUUCCGUUAGCUAUCAACAGAAUCUGGACAGACAGCCGAAGAAGACUAUGCCUUUAAAGAUGAUCGACUUAGGUGCAGCAGCGGUAUUUGCGAACGAAGCUAGAAAUCAGACUGGAACAGCAGCCGGUUCAUCACAGGCAGCUGCAGCUAGCAAAUCCUCUGACCUCUUGAGCGACUUAGAUUUUAGUGGUGGCUCAGAAUCAAGUGGCGGCCAGGGAGCAGCAGCCUCAGCAGCGAACGGGGACUUUGCUGACUUCAGCCAGUUCCAAAAUGCUACCGUAAUUGCGUCCACUAUUCCGGCAGCACCCGUAACUGCACCACCACAAGUCUUCUCACUGUCUUCGGCCUCAGCAGCGACAACAGCUGAAGACGACUUCGCAGACUUCGCUUCGUUUAACUCAGCAGCUACUUCGUCGUCUGGUAUGAAUUCGCUUCCAAUAAGUGGUUCAGCCGCUAUGGCAGCACCCGUAGUUAAUAUGGCUUCCUCAACUUCGUCGCUCCCGACGGAGCUAUUUGGAGGUCCGGUCGUGUCGAUGCCUCUUUCGAGUGCCCACCAUAUAGGGGCCAACCCUAUGGGUGGAAUGAACCUCAUAGCUACACCUCCCAUGGCAACCGGUAUUCCUGCUAGUCCCAUCAUGCCCAAAAGCACAUCUGCUAUAGGGGCCCCUGUAAUGAGUCCCAUGUCGUCAGUGUUGACCCCAACUCCACUUCUGCCAACAAACGCUACUGUAACAACAACCGUUGCGGCUAGUAUCGAGAAUAUAAAGAGAGAUGCAGCAGGCGGCGGGUCUGCAACCCUCGGCAGUACGUGGAACGGGCUCAACAUCAGCGUCGAUAACCUCCUUAGUCCUAAACAGGAAGAGAAGCGGCCAACGAUGAACCAGCUAGCCCAGGGUGUGCAGACCAUGGAUCUAGGGAAGCCACUUGGGAGCCAGCCAGUCAUUGGAGUGGCACUGCAAAUGAAUAAUAAUAGCCAGCUCAGUAACAACAACCAGUCUAAUAACAAUAAUAAUAACUCUUUUAGUGGAUUUGACCUUCUCAGCUGAACGCUCCCGUUCAAAGCUUCAUCAAUAGGAAGCCACCAUAUAUAUAUACAUUCCAAUUGCUGACAGCUGUUUGCAAUUAGUGCUAAUAUCAUUAUGAAUGAAUGACAAUAACAUUUAAAAUUUGAAUGAAAUACAAAGAGAACGUGUAAUAGAUACAGAACUUGGAAAAGGUAUUUUGUGGUGGGAGAAGAAGCUGAUGAAAGAGUAGAAGUAUGUAAUUGAAAACAUGUAUCGUAAAAAGAAUUUGAAAGUUUGGACAAAGCAACAGAGGAUGACAAAAAGAAGUAGACGAAAUCAGAUAACGGCAAAACGUAGAUUAUAUAACUGUCUGAUAAGAACAGUAUGUGUACGAACAUUCCAGAAAAACUGUCCAACGGAACCAGUUGGAUACAAAAUAGUAUGCAAAACCGUACUACCGCGGUUAAAGCUUAGCAAGCGGAAGCUUUCUGUGGUGAGGGAAUUUGCAAGGAGUGGCUUUUCGCACGCCGAAUAAACUGGCGAAUUGUACAUAAGGCAUAACCAAUCGAUGAUGACGAUGAUUUUAAGGCCGUUGGAGGCCAUGUUGUUUCUCAGGGUGCAAUUUGUUCAGUGCAAUAAUAAUAAUAGUAAUAAUAAUAAUAAUAAUAAUAAUGACGAAUACGACUGUCCAUACUGUUCGUUAUGGUCAUUAAAAAAAAUAGUGUUUUAUCAACGUGAGUGUUCUAGUAUAUAGAGCAUCCCUGACAGUGGGACCAUUAUAAUGACGUGUCGAUGACGCUAAACAAGGCAAGGUAGUGACAUUUAUGAAGAUAAUUCCCUUCGUAGAAGAACAUUGUGUGAACAACAAUAGUAUUAGAUCUUACUGCAGGUGUCAACGAGGUUGAAAUGUUCAAGUCUGAAAAUGACCGAAGAUUAUUCUAAAGGUUAAAAAAACCUUUCCGAAUAUCAACCGUCAAUAUUCCGUCUAUAGCGAAUAGACAACCGUUGACAGGUGGGAAAGAUAAGAUGUUCUGGAUGGAAACCGGUUGAUGCAGUGAGGCAUCCGCUGAACAAUUCCUGCUAUUAGUGGAACACUGAACAGGGUAAAGUUUAUUACUUUUAUACCUUCGUACUCGUGUUGCUAUGUCGAACGACAAUUGGAAGUGAAUGAAUGAAUGAUUAAGUUGACAUGCAGGUAAAUGUUAUUUGCCCUUUAUAUGUGUAUAUGUGUGUGUGAUUUACGAGUGAAAAAGGUAUUUCACAUAAUGACAGUUUCUAUAUUUACAGUGAAAUAAGAGUAAAACCAACUAAACUUUCUAUUUAAUGGAUCUUUCUAAGUUCGAUAAUGACAUGUUUGAGUUCUAAAGUAAGUUAUAUAGAACUUAAAGUAAAAUACUUAUUUCUAUAAGUAUAUUUACCAGUGUGUGCGCGGUAGAUUUAGUUAAUUUUAAGACCAUUAAUACACAAAGUGCACGCAUCUGUCUCCAGAUACACCUUUCUUGUUUUGAACUUAUUCUUCUUUUGGAGAACAUCGUAUAAAUUUUUCACGGACGCCAGUAAGGCUACGUAGCAACUAUUAUGCUGAAUUCUGAAUAGACUGAACUCUUUCAUUUGAAGAAAUAGGUUGACUGUUGCUCCUGAAAGCCGAUAAAAGAAACGUAUUGAUUGAUUAAUCUAAAGUAAUAGACCAGCUAUUAUGCAACAGACGACAUAUGACAAUGAUGGUGAUGGUUUUAGAAUGCAAGAGUAAGUAAGCCGCGACAGUACAUGACCCUGUGCAAAGGGCAAUAAUAAGAAGGAGUAGCGUUCUAGCGUAUAAAGGCAAGUAAGUCUUUAUGGCUACGUCAUUCCCAACAAAAGAACAUUUUGUCGAUGAGGUAGGAAUGUAACUGGAGUAAAGUACACAUAUGAUAAUGUAUAUAUAAAUAUAGAAUAUACUGGACAAUAAAAACAAAUGUGCAUGACGAAAUCGAUAGAAGAGAAAUCAGUCUUUUCCAGGAGAAAUCGAUUGUUGGAGAGAAAUACAAGGAUGGUGAUUAAUUGCAAUUCAGAUAACGUUAAAAACGUAUCAAACGAAUAUGGGUGGAAAUUUAUGAUGAUGCUGGGAGUCUCUUCUGACUAGAGCGCAAUGGGCAUGAAAGAUUCGCUAGUACAUAUACAUAUGUUGAUUUUAGCAAUAAUUUGUCUAAUACAAUUAUGAUAACAAUGAAAAGAGCAGUGACGUAAUACUGUUAUUAGUCGACUGGUUGACUGGUGGUGGGGUUUCUGGAAAAACUGACUUGAUAGGAACCGGUAUGACAAUAAAUAGAUUGACCCUAA